UUGUGUAGGCAAUCGCUCCACUUGUCGCCUAUAUACGCCUUGGCCUCUCGGCGUCCGAUGCUAGUGGUAGUGGCCCGCAAAUCCUCCUCCUCCGCUCGCGUCGCCGCCCACCAAACCCGAUCCCACCGCGCCGCGAUGCCGGCCGGCCAGCCGCACGCGCACGAGCCCGACGGCGGCGGCGCGAGCCACCGCCGGCCCCAGUCGCCGCCGUCGCUCCCCGCGGAGGUGGUCCCGGCGUUCGCGCCGCCGGAGUCGGAGGACGAGGAGUCCUGGGUCUGGUCCCAGAUCAAGGCCGAGGCGCGCCGCGACGCCGACGCCGAGCCGGCGCUCGCGUCCUUCCUCUACGCCACCGUGCUCUCCCACCCCUCCCUCCCGCGCUCCAUCUCCUUCCACCUCGCCAACAAGCUCUGCUCCUCCACCCUCCUCUCCACGCUCCUCUACGACCUCUUCCUGGCUUCCUUCACCGCGCACCCCUCCCUCCGCGCCGCCGUCGUCGCCGACCUCCUCGCCGCCCGCUCCCGCGACCCGGCCUGCGUCGGCUUCUCCCAGUGCCUCCUCAACUUCAAGGGCUUCCUCGCCAUCCAGGCGCACCGCGUGUCGCACGUCCUCUGGGCGCAGCAGCGACGCCCCCUUGCCCUCGCCCUCCAGUCCCGCGUCGCCGACGUCUUCGCCGUCGACAUCCACCCCGCGGCCGUCGUCGGCAAGGGCAUCCUCCUCGACCACGCCACCGGCGUCGUCAUCGGCGAGACCGCCGUCGUCGGCGACAACGUCUCCAUCCUCCACCACGUUACACUGGGUGGCACAGGCAAGGCUGUCGGUGACCGGCACCCCAAGAUUGGGGAUGGUGUUCUGAUUGGCGCCGGGGCGACGAUUCUUGGCAACGUCAAGAUUGGAGCCGGGGCCAAGAUUGGUGCCGGGUCAGUGGUGCUGAUAGAUGUGCCGGCGAGGAACACGGCGGUGGGGAAUCCAGCCAGGUUGAUUGGCAGGAAGAACGGUGAGGUUGAGAAGGAUGAGGACAUGCCCGGGGAAUCCAUGGAUCACACAUCCUUCAUUCGACAGUGGUCGGACUACACCAUUUGAGGGCGACGCGCCGAGGUCUAUUUCUCUUCCUCUCUGUAUAAUCCGUAGUGUUGAUAUGCCAAAAACUGAUGUACUUGUCGUGCUUUGGGUAAUCUGUACUGUAGUGUUGUAUCAUCAGCCGUUUUAUCAGUCGAAUGCCCAUGCUCAUGUACUGAUAACUGGUGAUUGAUGAAAUGAUGAGUCAAAUAAAAGUUGUAUAACUUUUGAUUUUAUCAUUUGCCAGAUGAGUCAAGCUUCAAGGACACAUUAGAUUGCGAUUUUAACUUUUUAUUGUGUAAAGAUUCCAUAUGAUGUUUCUGCUAUUUUAUAUGAUGCAACUCCAGGUGCUA